CUUUUCUCCUCCAAAACCCAAUAAUCGAUUUAAUAUUCAUCAAAAAGAAAGACUUGAAGCAGUCGUCGCCGUGCAAAUUAUUGCUUCUCUUUUCUCCUCCAAGCUAUUGUUAGCCAGGUUGACACCAAACAACUUUUGCAUCUUUCAUCCGGAGCUAUGGAAGGAGCUUUGGUAGCUGCAGCUCGCUUUGUGGCGGACAAGGUGGCAAUUCUCGUCCAACUCGACUCGAAACUCAAGGCAAUGACUGGUAUCGAAGAGAAGAUGGAGAAGCUUAAGGAGAUGUCGACUAUUAUUGACUUGGUGAUCGAAGAUGUCGAGUCCCACCCUUUAAACAAAGAUGCUGUGAAGGACUUGUUGAGGAAGCUCAAAUACUUAGCUUACGAUCUCGAGGAUGCUGUGGAUUACUAUGAUACCAAAGUCUUCCAGAAGAAGCAGAGAUCAAAUACUCCUUUUGGGCUGGUGAGUGAUUUCAUAUCUUCUGAUAAUCAAGUUCUAUUUAACAGCAGGGUAGGUUGCAUGAUAGAAGCUGUAACAGAUAGUCUGGAUUCUAUUUUGCUACAAAAGUCCAUUCUUCUGAAUUUGCCACAAAGCAGCAGCCACUUGCCACUAUAUCCCUACAGCGAGACCCACUCCCUCAAUGGCUUUGAUGUUAUAGGGAGAGAACCAGAGAAGAAUAAUAUUGUCAACAUCUUAACAAAUGAUGAUGAUGAGGGAAGCAGCCAUAGCACAUUGAGGGUCAUUGCCAUCGUUGGGAUGGGUGGCCUGGGGAAGACUACACUUGCUCAGCUUGUUUUCAAUGAUGAGAAGGUGCAAGGUCAUUUUGCAAGUUUGACAAUGUGGAAAGUUGUUGGGGCAGAAUUUAAUCCCACAAAGAUAAUGAAGUCUAUUUUAGAACUGGGUACUGGUGCAUCAGUCAACAUCUCAGAAAUAGAUUUAGUGAUGCAGAAGCUGAAAAAAGAAUUAUCUGGGAAGAGAUUUCUGCUCGUGCUGGAUGAUGUAUGGAAUGAAGAUCCAGUAAAGUGGCGUAUACUGAAAGCGGCCUUAACAUUUGGGGCCAGAGGAAGCAAAAUUUUAGUGACAACCCGUAGUCAACAGGUCUCUUCAAUUAUGGACUCCUCCUAUAUCCACCAAAUAAAGCAGUUGUCCCCGGCUGAUUGUUUGUUCUUGUUUCAAAAUUUUGCAUUUGGAGACAAAGAAGAGAACCGAACUUUGAUGGAAAUUGGUGCAAAGAUUGUUGAGAAAUGUGGCGGUGUGCCCUUGGCUGUCAUAUCCCUUGGUAACACGCUCCGCAGCACUCGAGAUGAAACUUAUUGGUCCUCGGUAUUGAACAGUGAAAUAAUGCAGCUCAGAGAUAUGGAAGAAAAAGUGUUAGCGGUACUAAAGUGGAGCUAUGACACUCUCCCUCCAUGGUCAAAGAAGUGUUUUGCAUUUGCCUCCCUAUACCCAAAGAACUCUCAAAUGGAAAAGGAUGAAUUGAUCAAACUGUGGAUUGCAAAUGGUUUCGUACGUUCAGAAAAAAGUUUUGAUGCUGAAACACUGGGCAAUGAUGUCUUUGAUGAUCUUGUGCGGAGAUCAUUCUUUCUCUUGGCACCUUCCCGUAAUUUUGAAUAUGAUAGUGAUGAAACCAAGUGCACGAUGCAUGAUUUGAUGCACGAUCUGGCACGAUCAGUAUCUGCAAAUGUAUAUUGGCAUUCUGAACAAGACUCGGUGGAAGAUAUUGGAAAUAGAACAUAUCAUUUGCAAAUAUAUCUACGAGGAGAAUCAUGCAUGACUCAGGUAUUAGACAAGAAACCAGUGAACUUGCGCACCUUUAUGCCCUUUGAUUUCCCAUAUACACAGUUAUAUUUGAGUAUCAAUCUGCUUCAAGUCAUCUCAGACUCAGAACUGAAAUUUUUGCGGGCGUUAGAUUUAGGUGACAGUGGCAUCAGUGAGGUGCCGACGUCAAUAGGAAAUUUGAUACAUUUGAGGUACCUCAACUUACGUAUGAAUUAUAUUAAAAUUCUACCCAUGUCAAUAGGAAAUCUGAUACAUUUGAUGUACCUCAACUUACUUACGAAUCAUAUUGAAGUUCUACCCAUGUCAAUAGGAAAUCUGAUACAUUUGAGGUACCUCAACUUAUAUGACAAUAAAAUUGAAGUUCUACCCGACUCCAUAACCCUUCUCUCCAAUUUACAGUAUCUCAAUCUCGGUUUCAAUGACAAACUUCGAGAGCUACCAAAAGAGUUAGGGAAUAUGCAAAACCUUCGGGUUCUUGAUUUACCAAAUGGUCAUUUUCAGAUUGAUAUACACAUGCCCUGUGGGUUGUCACGACUAACUAAUCUUCGAAGUUUACCUGUUUUUUUUGCUGGGAAUAGAACUGGCGCAUGCUCAAUUUUAGAACUCAAAAAUUUGAAGCUUCAUGGAGAAAUGCAAAUUAAAUUUUCUAAAGAUUUUAAGAGUUAUUCUUGUGGUGGGAAAAAAAUCUUGAAGAAUAAAGAUCUUAAUGAACUCCUCAUAGAGUUUAAUAAUGUAGAAAGAUAUGACAAGGACAUAUUGGAUGAUCUUUGUCCCCACACGAGCUUAAAGGAGUUGGUCAUAAAAGAUUAUGGGAGCUCACAAUUCCCAACAUGGUUGAUAGAGUUACAGCUGCCAAAUUUGGUUGAAGUUUGCCUUGAAAAUUGCCGUGGUUGUGAGCAUAUUCCUCCGUUUGGAAAUCUGCAGUUUCUUAAGAAGCUUGUCUUAGUGGCUAUGGAUGUCAUUACACACCUGGGUGCUGAGUUCCAUGGGUAUAGAAGCUUUCCUUCCCUUCAAGAACUCAUUUUGAAUCGGAUGAAUAAUUUAGAGGAAUGGCCAGACUCUCAUAAUGGUGACGAUCAGUUGUUCCCUAAACUACAGAGUUUGCAUAUUUUCAGUUGUCCUAAAUUGAAUAGUAUGCCGAGAUUUCCUACAAUCCAAGAGCUUGCUAUAUCAAACUGUAAUGGGAGCCUACUCUCGUGUGUUGGAAGAUUGACUUCUCUCUCUGUUCUUCUAUUGCGGUGGUUGGACGACAUGACAUCCCUUCCUAGUGGCUGUAUCAAAAACCUCACAUCCUUGACGAAAUUAGAAAUUAUGCAAUGCUCACAACUCCAAUGUCUUCCUGGCGAUGAACUGCAACACCUAGAAAUGCUUCGUUCAUUGACCAUUGAACAAUGUCCUAAUUUGGCAUCCUUCCCAUUAGAAGUGGGGCGUCUCAGUUCUUUUUGUUCUUUAGAUCUCUUAGCUUGUCCAAGUAUAAUAUUGCAGCUAGAAGAACUCGUACAAAUCUUGAAUUCAGUAAAAAAAUUCAACAUACAGAUUUGUGGCAACAAAGUCAAUUUACGUGGGCAACUGCAAUACUUACACACGCUCAAAAUAUUGUCUCUAUGUGGUGCCCAUCUUGACAGAAAAAGAGCGAGAUUCGGAGACUCAAAAUUUUUACGUAUUUGUUGUUGUGAUGAAUUGGAGUCGUUGAUGACAGCAGAACCAGCAAGCAGUGUGUUAGAAGAACUAUCCAUAGAUGGAAUUUUCAAUCUCACGAACUUGCCUGACUGGCUGCAGCAUCUCAAGUCUCUUCGUUCACUAUCAAUCCGAAACUGCUCACGGUUAGAAAGGUUGCCAAGGAAUUUGAAGAAUCUACCUAUGUUGACAACUUUGAACAUUGCUAAUUGCCCACUACUGAAAAGUAGAUGCGAAAGGGAGACAGGUGAAGAUUGCCCGAUUAUCUCACAUCUGCCAUAUAUUUAUAAUCGCUACGGGUAUCUAAUGUUAUAAAAGACAUUCGCUCGUUCUCAGCGCUCCCGCCAAUCCGUCCUAGAUCAACACGUGAAGAGGCCGAGGAUGAAGACUCAGCAGAUGAAGACUUGGUAUAAGAUCAUAGUUGCAUCUUAUGAAAUCCUUUGUUGCUAGUAAUUAAAUUUGUUUAAGUUCUUUUAUUUUCAGAAACUUUAAAAGUAUAUAUGUGAUUUAUUAUAUGUCACAGGACUUCAUUUGUUGUUGGAUACAUUAUGAUUUUCCUCUCUUAGAGGAAUAUUGUCAUUCUAUGUGAGAUUCUUUUGUUGCUUUA